CUUGGACCACGCCUACACACGUGGUCUCACAAGUACAAUCAUGGGUAGAGAAAAAAAGAAGGGAGAGAGUGGGCUUGCAACCACCUACUACUCGCGCAGUCAAGCAAUGAGGAAACUCCAGAUAUCAAUGCCUGAAUUCAGGCGUCUAUGCAUCUUCAAGGGUAUUUAUCCUCAAGAGCCUCGCCACCGACGAAAGGUCAGCAAGGGUAGCUCGGUCUACAAGACGUACUAUUAUCGUAAAGACAUUGCUUGGCUGGCACAUGAGCCUCUACUGCAAAAGGGAAGGGACUUUAAGAUAUUUGUCAAGAAGCUUAAGAGAGCUUUCAAUGAUGACGACAAAGUUAAAAUUGCGAGUCUCAAGGAGCACAGACCGUUGUACACCCUCGACCGUAUGGUGAAGGAGAGGUAUCCGACUUUUGUUGAUGCCUUGAGAGAUAUUGAUGAUGUACUGACUAUGGUGUCUUUAUAUAGUACCUUAUCAUCUCUUAAAAUAAAGGCGUCUGUGAGUCAGUUAUGCAAGAGGCUAUUAUUAGAAUUUAUGCAUUACGUCAUAGCCUCAAAAUCUCUUAGGAAGGUAUUCAUAUCAAUUAAAGGUAUUUAUUAUCAAGCUGAGAUACAAGGGCAGACUAUAACAUGGCUUACACCGCAUCAGUUCCCUCAAAGAAUUCCAAGGGAAGUAGAUUUUCGUAUCAUGAACACUUUUGUCGAGUUCUAUACAACACUACUGACGUUUGUCAACUUUAGAUUGUUUCAUUCUCUUAACUUGCGUUAUCCACCUCAGUUGGGGGGAUAUUUUUCUACUGAGCUUUCUCUCCAGCUGCCCUCACUCCUAGUCAACCCGAAUGAAGUUGAAUAUGAAAAUGAUGGAGACAAAGGGGAAUAUAGAGAACUUUUGGAGUCUCUCUCUCAUUCUCUUGUUAAGAUUCCUGAAACACCAACAGGUGUGGUCUAAUAAUUGACCUUGUUCACUUCAACAUUUGGAAAGAAACGAUCAGCGUCUUCAUUGAAUGCUGUAGCCCUGAUCUCACCCUAACAGCGAGAGAAGGAAGAAAGAUAGAGCGAAAAUGGUCAACGAACUCUAGCGUCAAAAUACGACCUUCUCCACGAGAAUUAUUAUAAUGUCUUAGAGGAGGUUUUGAAGUGACCCGUGCCUUUAUUGUCCACCUGAGAA